AUGCAUGGCCUUACAUACACAGUGAAGCAAGUUCACUUCGAACCCGAGACAGCCAACAACGAGUCGCGCCGAAUCAUCGACGCUGCUGUUGAACGAGGGCUUGCUGCUGAUCGGAUAACCUAUGUGAUCGAUAAUGCUCCAGCGCAUUCGCGCCUGGAGGAGGAGAUCCAGAACUUCUAUCCAGGUCUGCAAGUACUCAGACUUGGUCCCUAUUCGCCUUUUCUCGACCCCGUCGAGGGAUGUUGGUCGACAGUGAAAGCAAAUUUGAAGCGUCGAAUCGUGGGGGGUCUCGAAGAGCUCUUAAACGUCCCUGAUGGACAGACGCAACGAGAACAUCGCGCUCAAUGUCUGAUACGGUGGGCAACCGACGCGUUCCUAGAAUUAACCCAUCAAAAGGUUCUCAACUUCGUCAACAACUGCGCCGCAUACUACGCGCCUGCCUUGGAACGGAGGGCGAUUCAGUUCUGA